UUAAGAGCUGACAUUCAGUUUGUAUGCAAGCGUUGCAAAGGUGAGAUUAUAGAGAAUGAAGUAUUUCCAGCUUCAAUGAUGUACAACAGUGGCUCGUGAGAGAUAGUUGAGAACUUCUGUUACUUGGUGAUAUGUUGGGCAGUGAAGGGGGUGAUGGAAGAAGUGUUACUUGCAGGAUAGGUUCUGCUUGGAAAAAGUUCAGAGAGUUACUUCCUUUGUUGACUAGCAGAGUCCUGUCAAUUGAGUUAAAAGGUAGGUUGUAUGAGUCCUGUGUAAGAAGUGUUAUGUUGUACGGGAGUGAGACAUGGGCAGUGAAGCAGGAAAAUCUUGACCGUUUAGAAAGGAAUGAUAUGAGAAUGGUUAGGUGGAUGUGUAACGCCAGUCUGAGAGACAGAAAGAGUUCAGAUGAGCUAAGAAGCAGUCUCUGUAGAAUUAAAGAUGUUAUCCAGAUAAGAAGAUUAAAUUGGCUGGGGCACUUGGAAAGAAUGAAGGAGGAUAAUUGGGUAAGAAAGUGCAGAGACUUGAUAGUUCCUGGGGCAAAGCCCAGAGGAACUAUCAAGUCUCUACACUUUCUUACCCAAUUAUCCUCCUCCAUUCCUUCCAAGUGCCCCAGCCAAUUCAAUCUUCUUAUCUGGAUAACAUCUUUAAUUCUACGGAGACUUAGCCUGCUUCUUAGCUCAUCUGAACUCUUUCUGUCUCUCAGACUGGCAUUACACAUCCACCUAACCAUUCUCAUAUCAUUCCUUUCUAAACGGUCAAAAUCUUCCUGCUUCACUGCCCAUGUCUCACUACCGUACAACAUAACACUUCUUACACAGGCCUCAUACAACCUACCUUUUACCUCAAUUGACAGGACUCUGCUAGUCAAUAAAGGAAAUAACUCUCUAAACAUUUUCCAAGCAGAACCUAUCCUGCAAGUAACACUUCUUCCAACACCCCCUUCACUGCCCAACAUAUCACCUAAGUAACAGAAGUUCUUAACUAUCUCUAACGAGCCACUGUUGUACAUCAUUCAAGCUGGAAAUACUUCAUUCUCUAUAAUCUCACCUUUGCAACGCUUGCAUACAAACUGUAUGCCAGCUCUUAACCUUCCACUAAUACUACUGCACUUCUUAUGUACCCAAUGCUUGCAAGUCUGACAAAAAAUUGAGUUACUACCAACCCCUUUCCUGCAAACUCCACAAG